AUGGCGACCGCCACCGCCGCCACCGUCCCCGCCGGCGGCCGCCCGUACCGACGCGCCCGCGCUCGCUGCGGCUCACCGCGCCUGCACCGCCUGCGCUUCCCGGCCACAGCCGCGGCCGCGGCCGCUGCCGCUUCGUCUUCCCCGCCCGCCCCGUCGUCCACGCUGCCGCCGCUGCCAGCAGACGGAGGCGGGCGGCUGGUGGCGGAGCUGGUGUGCGCGUUCAACGAGCUCACGGAGCGGAUGGGGGAGGACCUGGCGACGUCCUCCUCGUCGCGCCUGCUCUUCCGCGCGCUGAAGCUGGCGCUCCCCGCCCUCCGCGACGUGGACGGGGGGCGGGCACUCGCGCGCGCGCUCGCCGUCGGCGCCACCCUCGCUGACCUCCAGAUGGAUGCUGAAGUCAUAUCAGCUGGCAUACUAAGAGAAGCAUUAGAUACAGGAGCUGUAAGCAUGAGGGAUGUAAAAACUCAGAUUGGGACCAGCACAGCUCAUUUGCUGCAUGACAGCUUAAGGAUUAAGCAUUCUCCUUCGAAGCUUGACGUAUUGGAUGAUGAAAGUGCAAGCGCAUUGAGAAGGUUUAUUCUUUCAUACUAUGACAUCAGGGCAGUGAUAUUGGAGAUUGCACUAAAGCUUGAUAUGAUGCGACACCUUGAUUACCUCCCUAAGUAUCUGCAGCAGAUAAAAUCUCUUGAAGUCAUGAAGAUAUACACCCCACUUGCACAUGCUGUUGGAGCGGGUAAUCUAUCACUAGAAUUAGAGGAUCUUUCAUUUCGUUACUUGUUUCCUCAUUCGUAUGACCAUGUUGAUCAGUGGUUGAGAAGCCAAGAAAGUGACUGCAAGGCCAUAAUAAAUUUGUACAAGGAGCAGUUGCUUCAAGCACUGCAGGCUGAUAAUGAGUUGAAGAGGAUUGUACAGGACAUCUCAAUUCAAGGGAGGUACAAAAGCCGUUUCAGUACUAUGAAGAAGCUAGUAAAAGAUGGUCGGAAACCAGAAGAAGUUAAAGACAUACUAGGUUUGCGGGUAAUCUUGGAGCCUCGAUGUGAUGACAAUUCAUCCGAUUGGGGCCCUAGGGCUUGCCUCAGGACAUACGAAAUUAUUCAAGCUAUGUGGAAGGAAGUCUCGGGUAGAACAAAAGAUUAUAUAACUCACCCAAAAAGAAACGGUUACCAGAGCUUGCAUGUGGCCAUCGAUGUCAGUGAACCUGGGAAGGUGAGGCCAUUAAUGGAGAUACAGAUACGCACCAAGGAGAUGCAUAGGUUUGCUGUUGGUGGAGAGGCAUCUCACUCUCUCUACAAAGGUGGUCUUACUGAUCCUGAAGAGGCUAAAAGGCUCAAGACUAUUAUGUUGGCCGCAGCGGAGUUAGCAGCUCUGCGUCUACGAGACCUACCAGGCAGUGAUCACGGAGCUGGGAACUGCAAGAACCCGGCUUUCUGUCAGCUUGACAAAAAUGGGGACGGGAGAAUCAGCAUCGAGGAGCUCACUGAGGUGAUGGAGGAUCUAGGCGCUGGAGGCGAAGACGCAACAGAGCUCAUGCACCUUCUUGACGCAAACAGUGAUGGCUCCUUGAGCUCUGACGAAUUCGAGUCAUUCCAGAGACAGAUUGAAAUGAUGAGAAACUUGGAAGAUGAUGACGAUCACUACAGGAAGAUCUUGAAGGAGAAGCUGCACACGAUCGACAGUGCAGGUCUCAUCCAUGUCUAUCGCAAGGAGCUCAGUGACAAGCUGCUUGUGGGCUGA